GUGGAAUGGGGGCGGGGAAUCAAACUUCCAAAGAGCAAAGGUGUGUUUACAGCUAUACAGUCUCGAGAGAAUAUCGGUAAACAAGAACACAUCGGGAUAUAAUUGCAUCGCAUGUUUUACGAUGACAUGAUGGCCAGCGUGCAUUGUCUGUAUGUGUUUGAGUCGCGUAUUUAGUAGGAUCGUGCCGUGUUUUGGAAAAGUAAAUAAAAAAACGCCUUCCGAAUAACCGAGAAACAUGAAAGAAGGACUGAAGCUCAAGGUGCUUGCGCUCGUGCUCUGCGUAUUUCCAACGGAGCUGUUGUCUGUCCAGGUUACGGUUCCACAUACAGAGAGAUACACAAUGUUGUUUGCUUCUGUCACUCUGCGAUGUGAAUAUUCCACUUCUGCAAACCAACAAGAUGUUCUGGUCACAUGGCGAUACAAGUCCUUCUGUUUGGAUCCAGUGCUGGAAUAUUACUCAGCUGCAUAUCAAGCAGCUCUGGGUCUGAAGCAAGACCCAGCCAAUGACUGUCCAGACAGUCAGCGCACUGUCCGCAUAGUGAUUCAGAAGAGAGGCCUCAGUGAAGCUAUUCUGGGGACAGAAUAUCGAGAUCGCAAGAUAUACAUACAAAACAGUGCUGACCUGGUUAUCAAUGAGGUCAUGUGGUGGGACAACGGCAUGUAUUUCUGCUCCAUCGACGCAGCUGGUGAUGUCGUGGGAGACUCCGACAAAGAAAUCAGACUCAUUGUAUAUCACUGGCUGACAGUGCUGCUCAUCGUCCUCGGUGGAUUGCUCCUCAUCAUACUGUUUUGUAUCUGCUGCUGCCAGUGCUGUCCUCAGAACUGCUGCUGCUAUGUCCGUUGUCCCUGCUGUCCUCGCACUUGCUGCUGCCCAGAAGAAGCGGUGAUGCACCACAAGAUGAUGCGUGAAGCUCAAAAAGCAAUGGUACCAUGGCUCCAUGGCCAGCCCAUCUAUGCCCCCAUUGCCUCAAAUGCAUCUUCUCAAAGAAACCCUUUACUAUAUUCAGGGUCUUUUUCUGAACCUUCAUUCAAACACAACCUUCCCAUGGCCCCGAUGGCCUUUCCUCCUCCUCAACCUGUCCCGCCAAUGGUACCUCCCCACGGAUAUCAUUCCAAUGGUAGCAUAAAUGGAAGUGUACGUGGUAAAAAACAGAUGUUAGAUUUUCUGGAGAACCAAGUAAUUACACUUUUAAACAGCUUUUAG